AUGGCCGCCGCACUGGCGCCGCAGCAGCUGGGGCCGCGGCAGGGCGCUAGCUGCCGCUGGCGGCAGCGACCGUCGCGGCCACCCUCACCUCUACUACCACACCCCCGCCUAUCCAGCCAGCCAGGCCGGCCGGGCUGCCGCGCACAGCUGCAGCCCAACCCCGCGGUGCCUGGCGGCAAUGCGGCAAGCGCGGCGGGGGCCUCGGCGGCCGGCGUGACCGCCGCGCCGCCCGCGCCACCGCCGCCCGCACCGCCGCUUGACGCCGUGCUCGCCCGCGGCGGUGGGGACGGCGGCAGCGGCCCGGCGCCGCCGCAGCAGCCCGACGAGCCUGAGCUGGCGCUGAUACUGGUUGCCUGCGGCGUGGGGCUGGCCACGGGGGCAUGCAUCGUCGGCUUCAACUGGGCUGUGCACUGGAUCCACGAUGUGGUGUGGCAGGAGCAAGAGCUGCUGACCAGCAACGCGGCGGCACGCCUGCGGGAGAUCACAGAGACCGACCUGUGGCCCAAGGUGGUGUUCCCGCCGCUGCUGGGAGGGCUGGCGGUGGGCUCCCUGGGCUGGCUCAUCGGCGGGUAUGACGACGCGCCCAAGCCUAAGCUAGCGGGCGCCGCCGGCGGCGGCGAGCGCGGCGCGGCAGCCGGAGCAUCGGGCAGCCAGCAGCAGCAGCAGCAGCAGGGCGCGGCGGGCGGCGUGGCGGGCGAGGGCGCCGGCGCCGGCGCCAGCACCAGCGCUGCCUGGGCGCAUCGGAGGGUGCAGGCGGGGGCAGUGGUGCGCCCUGUGUCGCGAGCCAUGGCAGCAGCCAUGACGCUCGGAUCGGGCGCCUCACUCGGACCCGAGGGACCCAGCGUGGACAUUGGAAAGUCUGUGGCAGCGGGGCUGGGCUCCUCGCUGCGCAGCCGCCAGCGCCACCUCACCUCGCUCAUCGCCGCCGGCAGCGGUGCAGGCGUGGCAGCAGGUUUCAACGCCCCCAUAGCAGGCGUCUUCUUCGCGGUGGAGACCGUGCUGCAGCGCCAGAAGCUGCCGCGCAUCGGCAUCGGCGGCGAGGCGGCGCAGGCGCAGGCCGCGGCGGCGCAGCAGCAGCAGCAGGCCUCGGGCCUCACCAUCGCCAUGGUGCUGCUGGCCUCGGUGCUGGCGGCCAUCGUGUCGCAGGCGGGCCUCGGUUCCUCUCCCGCCUUCCGCGUGCCAGAGUACAGGCAAGCAGCUGCCGAUGGUCGCCUUGCGCUGGCUGCCUUUUGCCGCGAGCUGAGCGGUGCGUACCCCGCGUACCGCCGGCACCCCUGCCUCGCAUGCCCUCACACGCCCAACGGCCCGCACAGAGCCCCGAGGCACACCGCUCACUCACAAACCCCGGCACACAAGCACAGGCACACGUGUUACCCCCCCCUCCCCUGCUCACACACACACACCACCUGGCGCCACUCCCCUGCAGAGGCCUUUGACGAGCUUCGGGAGCAGAACUCCUUUGAGGCGGCGCUGACCCCCGCCAUGGGCGGCCUGACCACAGGCCUGCUGGCACUGGGGUACCCCGAGAUCCUGUACCAGGGCUUUGACAACGUCAACAACAUCCUCUCCUCCAACGGCUCCUACGCCCCGGGCCUCCUCAUCCAGAUCGUCGUCAUGAAGGUCAUCGCAACCGCCAUCUGCCGCGGCUCCGGCCUGCAGGGCGGCCUGUACGCUCCCUCCAUCUUCAUCGGAGCUGCCUUGGGCACUGCGUUUGGCCUGCUGGCCCACGCUGUGGGCGACCCCAUCGGCCUGCCGCUGUCGGCGCCGCAGGCGUAUGCCCUCGUCGGCGUGGCCGCGCUGCUGGCCUCCAACUGCCAGGUGCCGCUCACCUCGGUGCUGCUGCUGUUUGAGCUCACCCGGGACUACCUCAUCAUCCUCCCCACCCUGGCAGCUGUGGGCAUCAGCUUCUGGGUCUCCUCCCUGGUGGCGCCGAGCGUGAAGAAUGCGGCGGCGGCGCGCCGCAUGACCGCCGCCGCCGCCGCCUCGGCCGCCGUGGCCACCACCCAGCUCAACGCGGCGGCCACCGAGGCAGUGCUGGUGGGCAGCCUGAAAGACAAGCUCGGGGCGUUGCCUGCGGCGUCCUCGCCUGCUGCUGCGGCGGCGGCGGCAGCGGCGGCGGCCUCCACGCCCCCACUGCCAGGGCAGUCUAGCGGCGGCGGCGACGGUACUGCUACGGUCACCCUCCAGCCGGGGGAGCUUCCGGGGCAUGCUGAGCUGGCAGCUGCGGCGGCACUGAGCGGUACCACCCUGUCAGUGGGCUCGGCGCUGGAGCGCAGCUGCCUGCUGGUGGAGGCACACAUGCCGGUACCGCGGGCGCUGGAGCUUAUGGAAGCUGACGGGCAGCACGUGGCUGUGGUACUGGGCGAGGACGGCGGCGUGCUGGGCCUGGUGACACGGGAGAUACUGGAGCAGUGCGUGGAAGCUGCCGAGGACGCGCUUUCCUCUGCCGACAUCAGCGGCACCGACAGCGACGGCGGCGGCGGCCCCGGCGGCGGCCCCGGCGGCAGGCGCAGCCGCAGGAGGGGCGGCGGCGUGGCCGCCGGCGCAGCGACAGAUGCUGGCACCGGCGCCGCGCCUGCCGGCUCGGCAGCCCUGAGCUCACGCGGAGAAGAAUGAACGGGGUGGUGCACGCCGCCACCCGGCUGGAUUGCAAUCUUGUGUGUACAUCACGCCUUGUGCCAGGGGCGCACCCUGCCCCGUCCCCUUUUCCCUCCCAUUCCUUCCCCAAAAUCAAUUCGUUCAUAUUGCUUCUCCCUGCAAUGCCUUUUGCCGGCCGGCGGCCCCCAGCGGCCGGCUGCGCGCAAGCCAUCACGGUCUUACUACUGUACCGUCCUCACUCUCACACGCUGCAUCCCAUCUAUGGCCAGACCCAACCAUGUGUCCGCCUGGGCAGCUGCCAUGCUGCCCAGCAGUAUUCUGUUGUGGUUUUAAUAGCAAAUGUC